GAUUAUUUUACAGAUGAAAAUAGAGUACUAAAAAAGGACCCUCAACAGGAUUACCACCUGGAAUAUGCCAUGGAAAACAGCACACAUACAAUAUUGGCUUUUAGCAGAGAACUGCACACUUGUGACACAAAUGACAAGAGCAUAACGGAGAGCACAGUGCGGGUAAUAUGGGCCUACCACCACAAAGACAUGGGAGAAGCAGGUCAAAAUUACCAUGGGUCUAAUCGUGGUACAAAGAGUCUACGUUUACUGAAUCCUGAGAAAGAAGAAGUCUUAUCUGCCUCUUUGCCGUACUUUGACUUGACAAACAAAGACGUGCCUGUACCAGACAAGGAUACAACAUAUUGGUGCCAAAUGUUUAAGAUUCCUGUACAACAUGAAAAGCAUCAUGUGACAAAGGUUGAGCCAUUGAUCCAGAAAGGCCAUGAGAAUCUGGUGCACCAUAUCCUGCUCUACCAGUGCAGCAGCAAUUUGAAUGACAGUGUGCUGGACUACGGACAUGAGUGUUACCACCCCAACAUGCCAGACUCUUUUCUCACAUGUGAGACAGUCAUUUUUGCCUGGGCCAUUGGAGGAGAGGGCUUCACCUACCCUCCUCAUGUUGGUUUAUCCAUUGGGACAGCAGCUGACCCUCAGUUCGUCCUCAUGGAGGUGCAUUAUGACAAUCCGUCAUACACAGAAGGCUUGAUAGAUAACUCUGGUCUGAGGCUAAUUUAUACUCCAGUUAUAAGGAAAUAUGAUGCUGGGGUUAUUGAAGCUGGUCUUUGGGUCAGCCUAUUCCACAAUAUCCCACCGGGCAUGCCUGAAUUUGUGUCAGAGGGUCACUGCACACUGGAAUGUCUGGAAGAGGCUCUAGGUGCCGAGAGACCUGCGGGGAUUCACGUGUUUGCGGUACUUCUUCAUGCUCACCUUGCUGGCAGAGCUAUCAGGAUGCGCCACUUCCACAACGGCGAGGAGCAGGAGCUGCUUGCUUAUGAUGAUGAGUUUGACUUCAACUUCCAGGAGUUUCAGUAUCUGAAAGAAGAAAGAACCAUCUUGCCAGGGGAUAAUUUAAUCACAGAAUGUCACUACAGUACUGUGGACCGAAUUCGCAUGACAUGG